CGAUUCUCAGCGCCGCCAAGGAUUUUGUCUUUUAUUCUCGCUAAAACCCUACUUACUUCAUCGUUUUCUGCUUGAAAAAGAUCCCAUUCGCCGAACGGGACGCAAACAAUUCGGGCCGUCAAACAGGAGGGAGAAUUUCUGUGUAAAACAAACUAGACUUGGGAAUUCCGAAUCUGCUUCCACGAAUCGCAAAUGGAUGUUGUGUGUGAGAAAGCUUAGGGAGGCUAAUUGCCCCAAAGCCGCCACCACUCUGGCUGGGGUCGGCAACACUCGUUACUGCAACAGCAUCUUGCAGGCAAUCACUGAAUUCAGCUGUAGCAGGUUGUUAGGACAGGAAAUUGAAUCAUUUAUUGGCUAAUUUUCCUGGUAACAUGUUGCAGAUGCUGUUAAAAUAAUGUUAUCAGCUUUUGGUUACCAUGAUUCCACCAGCAGUACAUUUUGUACUGCAUGGGAUCUUCAUCUCGUUUAAUUUUAGGACUGUCCAUAUCCCAAAUCAAAAAAUUCUUUCCUAAAAGGUGGGGACACGGCGUCAAAGCAGUAGAUAUUCAGUCAAACCAAUAAUUCAAUUCAUAAAAUUCUGAAAAAGUUGUCCUGGAAUCAUCUAUUACUGAUGAUGAAUCUAUGAAAAACAACCUCCUUGCAUCUCUUAGGGAAUAUGCUACCCAAGGCAAUCUACUGUCAGCAUUCAAAGUCUUUUCCCUUAUCAAGCUCCAUGCCUCUUCUAAUGCUUCUUAUGACCUUACCGUACAUCCCAUCUCUUCUCUUGUUAUAUCUUGUACCAACUUCAAAUGGCUUUCACAAGGCAAGCAGCUUCAUGCCCAAGUUAUCUUUUUGGGUCUUGAACAGUCUCCAGCUCUGGUUCCCAGGCUUGUCACCUUUUACUCAACAUUUGAUCUUCUUGGUGAUGCUCAUGUUGUUACUGAGAACUCAAAUAUUCUGCACCCAUUGCCUUGGAACCUGCUCAUCUCAUCUUAUGUUAGAAAUGGGCUUUUUUCAGAGUCUCUCCAUACUUAUAAACACAUGGUUAGUAGGGGGAUUAGACCAGAUAAUUUCACUUACCCAUCUGUUCUGAAGGCUUGUGGGGAGACAUUGGAUUUGGACUUGGGGAAAAUAGUUCACAAAUCCAUUAAUGAUAGUUAUCAAGAGAGUUGUUUGUAUGUGCAUAAUGCAUUAAUUUCAAUGUAUGGUAAAUUUGGGGAGGUAGAUGUUGCACGAUGUUUGUUUGAGAAAAUGCCAGAAAGGGAUGCUGUUUCUUGGAAUACAAUUAUCAGUUGUUAUGCGUCAAGAAGCAUGUGGAAGGAAGCUUUUGAUUUUUUUGAGAAAAUGCGAGUUGAAGGUUUUGAGUUGUGUACCAUAAUUUGCAAUACCAUAGCUGGAGGGUGUGUGCAAUCAGGCAAUUUUAGUGGGGCACUACAGUUGUGGUCACAAAUGAGAACUAGUGGCACUCCUUUGGAUUCAGUGACAGUGAUUACAGGGCUGGGGGCCUGUUCACACAUUGGGGCAAUUCAACUGGGAAAAGAAAUUCAUGGUUUUGCCAUUCGUAAUGGUUAUGAUGAAUUUCAUAAUGUUAAAAAUGCUUUGAUUACCAUGUAUUCCAGGUGUAAAGAUCUUCGGCAUGCCUAUACUUUAUUUCAGUCAGUAGAGGCAAAAGGUAUAAUUACUUGGAACUCAAUGCUUUCCGGUUAUGCUCACAUGGAUCGAUCUGAGGAAGCCUCCUUCCUAUUUAGAGAGAUGUUGUUUUCCAGAGUUGAACCAAAUUAUGUUACAAUUGCCAGCAUCCUGCCUCUAUGUGCUAGAGUGGCUAAUCUGCAACAUGGAAAGGAAUUUCAUUGCUACCUUACAAGGCAUGAAGUGUUUAAGGAUUAUUUAUUGCUUUGGAAUGCACUUGUGGACAUGUAUGCAAGAUCAGGAAAAGUUGUAGCUGCUAAAAGAGUGUUUGAUUUAAUGAAAAGGAAGGAUGAAGUGACUUAUACCUCCUUGAUUGCUGGACAUGGGAUGCAGGGAGAAGGAGAAACAGCACUGAAACUAUUUGAGGAGAUGAUUGAGCUCCAAAUAAAACCAGAUGAUAUAACCAUGGUGGCGGUUCUAUCAGCGUGUAGCCAUUCUGGUCUAGUAGCUGAAGGCCAAACGUGGUUUGAAAAGAUGCAAAGUGUCCAUGGUAUAAUUCCUAAAUUGGAGCACUUCGCUUGCAUGGUUGAUCUCCAGGGGAGGGCUGGUAUGCUGAAUAAAGCAAUGGAAACUAUUUCAAGAAUGCCCUACAAACCAAGUCCUGCCAUGUGGGCCACAUUGUUAGGAGCUUGUCGGAUUCAUGGGAAUCCAGAUAUAGGGGAAUGGGCAGCUGAGAAACUGUUGGAGACAAGGCCUGUAAAUUCAGGUUACUAUGUAUUGAUUGCUAAUACGUAUGCAGCAGCUGGUUGUUGGGACAAGCUAGCAAAAGUUAGGACUUUCAUGCGGGACUUGGGUGUGAAGAAAGCUCCUGGCUGUGCUUGGGUUGAUGUGGGCUCGGAAUUUUUCCCAUUUGUUGUGGAGGAUACAUCCAACCCCCAUCAGCACGAAAUUUACUCUUUGUUGGAUGGAUUGACUGACCUGAUGAAAGAUGCUGGUUAUGUUGCCAGAGAGGAAUUUGGUCCAGAUGAUGACAUUCUUUAAAUUUGAAGGCAAAGGAGAAUAAUUAACAUCCUAAGCAUGUAACUAGAUGUUACUUUACCUAUCCAAGGAGGCUAUGGUGUUUGAUGAUAUGGAAUCAAUGGAUCUGGAGAAGCCAAGAAGGCAAGGCUUCAGGGUACUUGUCUUUACAGAAUCUUUGGGUAAAGCUAACCUAGCACACCAGUGGUGGCUACUGAUCAUAUACAGUAUUUUCACGUUUAUUCCCUUAAUUAUAAUUUUUGGAUAGAACAUAUGGAUUAUCAAUUAAUAUGCAUGAAAAUAUUUUUAAGUAGUGAUGAGGCUAGACUUCACUGUCCUGUCAAUGGUUUGUGAGC